UGUAACUCGAGCCUGAAUUCGGGAUUCAACUUGAAUCUCGUCGCGUCCUCACGGCUCUGUGGCAAGACGUGGCUUAUGGCUGUGCACUCUCGAAGCCUUGUUUGAGGCGACUGUAACUAUGUAACAAGGGCAAGUCUCUGGAACCGUGCUUGACAUUCGUCCGGAGUUUGGAGGCGAACCUUGUACCAGGAUGUGCCGUUCGACGCCGUUCAAGGUUUCUGAAGUGAUUCGAACUUGGGGAAAAGAAAACAUUGCGGCCAAAGUGAAAGUAGAUUCGAAGUUGUGGCCUCAGGCACGAGAAAGUAGUAAGGCGAAGGCGCUAACCGGAUUCGUCCAACUACUAGAGUUGUGCGAUGCGAGCUCAUCGCGUCCUCCAAAAUUCGCGACAAUCUGAACAACGCAUCCAGCACACAUCAUACGUGGUGAAUCAACUUGACAAACCCGGACUUCUUCGCCACAAUGGGUAGACGACCUGGCAGGGCUGCGGCCAAAAAUGCAGCAGCUGCUCUGAAAAAUACCCCACAGGCAUUCGAUGACGGCGAGGACGAACAGAUGCCAGAUGCACCCAUCUCGGAUGCUGCUAGCCCAGCCGACAUGGAAGAGGACAAUGCAGAGGAGGAAGAUGGCACGCCCGCAGCAGAAUCCGAGGCUGAUGAAGGACCAACAACUCCAGCGCCCCAACCUGUCGUUCGCAAGAAGAGACUAGGCAGACCACCAAAGAACCGACCUGCCGAUUGGGAUCAAGAUGUUGAGCCUGCUUCGGAAACUGGAACACCCAGAAGAGGCCGUGGCCGAGGUGGCUUUGGCAAAGGCGGAGGAAGAUGGGCUCGGAAGGGAGGUCCUUCACAUGUUACACAACAGCCAAUCGACAAAGAGGGCAACAUGAUGGAUGUUAUCAAUGACGAGGUCGAACUACCAGAAGAUGCGGAUGGAGAGACCAAAGUCGAUAAGAUGGGACAUCUUCAAGGAGGGCGAGAAUACCGUUGCAGAACCUUCACUGUACUUGGCAGAGGUCAGCGACUUUAUAUGUUGUCGACUGAACCAGCCAGAUGCGUUGGAUUUCGAGACAGUUAUCUCUUCUUCACGAAGCAUAAGCGCCUUUACAAGAUCAUCAUUGAAGAGGACGAGAAGCGCGAUUUGAUUGACCGAGAGCUUAUCCCACAUUCCUAUAAAGGUCGUGCCAUUGGUAUUGUAACGGCUCGUUCGGUUUUUAGAGAAUUCGGUGCACAGAUCGUUGUGGGAGGCAAGAGAGUCAUUGAUGAUUACGAAGUUGCCAAAUACAAGGCAGAAGGAGCAGUCGCGGGCGAAAUUGCUGAUCCCAAUGAUAUUAUCAAGCCUGGCGAGGACUACAACAAGAACCAAUAUGUCGCAUGGCACGGUGCUAGUUCGGUUUACCAUUCGGGUGCCCCAACUGUUCCUAUGCAAACUGGCAAGGCAGCGGAUGGCAAGAAGAGGAAAAUCAUGGUCAAUGAUGUCAACUGGAUGCUGGAACAUGCAAGAGAAGCGAGUCGAUUCAAUGCUGCUAUUGCUGCUACCCGGCGACGAAAUCUCAAAGGUGUCUAUGAUCCUCACACCAAUGUCAUGCAAUACCCAAAGAUCAUGCAACCAACUCAUGCCAGAUGGGAGCAAAUCGAUGACCAUACUGAGAACAGAAAGCAGCUUACCAAUGGACAUGUCAAGGGUCACGAUGAGGAUGAGGUCCAAAGCAUCUUUACGCCCGUCAAGCCGAUCUACUCCAAGAAUUUCAUGAUCGUAGACACGGUGUAUAACUCUGCACCUUCAUCUCACAUGGGUGUCCCGGGUCCAGAUGGCGAUGCACAUGAUCUUGGGUUCAAUGGCUUGUCAAGCAUUCCUAAUGAUGUCAAGGCUGAGUUGCCUCCCGAGUGUCUCGCGGCAUUUGAGCAAGCUCUCGAGAAAGAGAUGCAGUGGAAGAAUCAAUGGAGUACGGAGAGCUCGUCGACUUUGAGGAGAGCACCUGCUAUUGAUAAGGGUGUCGUUUGAGGACUUCACUCUGUGUAUUCUAAUUUGGCAU